AUGUAUGUGCUGAGCUGGCUGUCGCUCUUCAGCCAGGUGGCCUUCAUCACGCUGGCCAUUGCAGCCGGACUCUAUUACCUGGCAGAAUUGCUAGAAGAAUACACGGCGGCCACCAGCAGGAUCAUAGAAUAUAGGGUCUGGUUCUCCACAGCUGUGCUGAUUGGCCUCUGUGUUUUUGAGCGUUUCCCCACCUACAUGAUUGGCGUAGGCCUCUUCCUGGUCUACCUGGUCUACUUUGGCCUCCUCCAGACCUUCCCUUUCAUCAUGCUCACCUCGCCUAACUUCAUCCUGUCCUGUGGGCUACUGGUGGUGAAUCAUUACCUAGCGUUUCAGUUUUUUGCAGAGGAAUAUUAUCCUUUCUCAGAGGUCCUGGCCUAUUUCACUUUCUGUCUGUGGAUAAUCCCGUUUGCGUUCUUUGUGUCACCGUCGGCUGGGGAGAACGUCCUGCCUGCCACCAUGCAGCCUGGAGAUGAUGUGGUCUCCAAUCACUUCGCCAAAGGCAAGCGGGGCAAACGCUUAGGGAUCCUGGUUGUCUUCUCCUUCAUCAAAGGGGCCAUUCUACCCAGUCGGCAGAAGAUAUGCUGACCUUCUGCAGAGGGGAUACCGGGGCAAGAUCAGGAGAGUCAGGCCUCUGGGCCUCUGCACUAGGUGGGGGCCGGGAGCUGGAAGGCACCUUUCCCCAGCCCUGGCCCUCCUUCCCUCGACUGCCCCAGAAGCCCCCAUCCCCACCGUCCUCAGGAGGCUCAGCUUAGCUCAGAUCUGAUACUGCCAGAGGCUGAGACCUCAGAGGGCGCCAGGGAGGAUGUGGUGCCUGCUUAGCCAGGAGGCCAUGGUCCACCUGGGUGUGCAGAAGCUGAGCUCCUGUGGCCCUCCCGCCCCCUCUUGUGAUGGGUCAGGAGUUCUGGCUCAGCCAGGGCAGGCAGGGCAGGGGCUGUGAAGCUGGAGAGCAGACAGGGAUAAUUGCUAUGGGCAGAUGGCAGUGGGGAGGGGCCGUGGCUUAGCCUUUGCAAGAGAAAGUUUUUGCUGUUGAACUGUGAUUUCUGUCCAAGUGCUGAUUCCCGUU